AUGACAUUAACACCGCCGCCUCUGCCAGCUCGGUUUCCGUGCUGGUGUAGAGCUGUAUACUCGUGGGGAGGAGAGACAAAACGAGAUCUCGGUUUCAUCGAAGGCGACCUUAUAGAAUGUCUUAAUGCUGGAGAUGGUUCGUGGUGGACCGGAAGACUCUACCGGGACAGGAGGACUGUCGGCGUCUUCCCCUCCAACUUUGUCCAAGUCCUGCCCGAUGACUUUCGACCCACGAGCCGCUCUGUAAGCCCGUUACCAGGAGGCAAUACCCCGAGCCCGAAAGGCGCUCCUCAAAAGACGAAAUCGUGGAGGAAACCUUUUGAGGCGUACGCGAAAGCGCCUCAUUAUACAACUGCGAAACAGCCUGAACAGUACCGCCCAGGGACGGUCCGAUCAAGAGACACUUCCAACUCACCUCAGAAGCAGCCACAGCAACAACAGAGCAGGAUAGGGAGGUCGGCAUCGCCCAUUCCCCCUUCUCAGUCGUCGUAUGAUCUGCGACGUGCGGCUUCGCCCGCGCCGCCUCCCCAUUCACAACAGGCCUAUCACUCUCAUUCCCGGGGCCCUUCACCAGUUCCUCCACCCCAAGGUUAUUCAUCGAGAGCGGUCUCACCUAUGCCUCCACCCGUCCGCGGAUACCCAGACCGGGCCGUAUCGCCAGCCCCAUCCUUCAACCACCAUCACCAUCAACCGCACCACUCUCAAGAUUUUGGAAGGGCAGACUCCCCGCCGCCUCCAGCGCCACCUCCACACCGUCAUGUCGCCCGUCAAGGAUCGAAUGCCUCGUACAAUCAAAUGCCUCCCUCUAUGCCCCGUCACGGCUCCAACGCAUCCUUUGAUAGCCGUCACCAGCCCUACCAGACCCCUGCGAGGCAUGGAUCCAACGCAUCCUAUGACCAUCACCCUCACCCUGACCUCUCCCGUCAUGGUUCUAACGCAUCUUACGACCAUCGCCAACCUGACCUCUCUCGCCACGGCUCCAACGUAUCCUAUGACCACCGCCAACCCGACAUCUCUCGUCAUGGCUCCAAUGCUUCCUAUGAUCAGCCUCGUGUACCUCACCACCUAAACACCCAGCAACACCACGAUGGCCGGCAUCAAUACCACACGCCUCGUGCAGCAUCACCGUGUCCUCCGUCACCUGCUGGGAGCCAUAUGACACCUUCACCACUCCGUGAAGCUAUGGACGGUGUCAUUGAGCAGCUGGACGCGCUGGGGAUGUCGAGAGGAACAGACACGUCAGAAGGGCCACCAUUAGAUCCAUGGUCUCCCGAGUCAUUCGACAUGGUUUCCCGCCAGUCCCGAAAACGAGCUCAAAGCCGGCCUCAUACGGCAAUGGGAUACCCGCACCCGGAUGAAGGUUACGAGACCUGGAGUGGAGGAUCUUCGCAAGAUCCAUCGUACCAUAAUGGAUAUGGCGAAAAGGACCAUCCGCUUCCAGACUUGAACAACUACGUGGAUCGGAUGGAGAAGAGAUUCCAGAAACUUCAUGGUCAGAGCUCAAGCGUAUCCGGGCCAGACGUCGACACGCCACCUAUCCCGCCACCUAAGAACGUGCCUCGUGACCGCCCCAAGUCAUCAAUUGGGAUGGCAGCACUAGACAUGGACGGCCCAGGCCCCGUGAUACCUGACCGGAAACUACGGCACCGAAAAUCAGCCUACGAGGUCGGCCGGGAGGCGCUUGGCCGCACCUUCACCACUAAGACGAACUCGACGAGCGCCUCGUCGGGGAAUCGCAGUACCGUCACAACAACGACCCAGAACAGUGACCGAAGUCUCAUGAGCGGUUCAUCAGCCGGCGCCAUCAGUGCUACAAGUGCCGGCAGCUAUGCUAGGAGGAUGCAGCGUGCCCAAAGUGCCUUGGGAAUGCGUGAUCUCGACGACGAUAGGCCCGAAACACCGUUUACCGGUGUCACGUAUCAUAGCAGCCAUGCCUCCAACCAACCUCGUCCGCAGUCUCAGGUCGCUUUCCACGACGACGUUGGCGGACUUGGAGGACUUGUACAGCCAAAGCCACCGAAGAGGAGCAUCUUCAAGAAGAUUCUGGACUCCGCAAAGACUGGAGUUGCCAGUGGUCGUAGUCACAUUGAUGCGGUAAAAUCAUCACCGCUGAACAAGUCCACGCCAUCAGGCCUCGCAUCCAACGCAGCCGCCAUGAGCAGCACCCCACACCUUGGCGGUAGCCGUCAAGGAGAUGUCGCUAGAGAGAUGGGGCUCGGCAACGCUGUGGACUGGGUUCAAGUUCGUCGGGACGUCAACCGUUCAAAUUCGCUCAGCCGCCACGAGCGGGUUGAGCGACGCGAGCGAGCGCAAAUGCUGGAUUACCCGUCCAUCAAUGCCGCAGACGAACUCUACGACAGCAUCAAUGGCGAUGAAGGGGCUGAUGGCAUGCCUGUGAAUGAACCCAUCAACUACCAAGCAAUCAACCUCAGCCAGGUCGACAAGAACACACGGUUUGUCGCUAACCUGCCACCCACGACAACUGCGAUCACCCUUGCCACGACCUAUGUUUGUCGGCCGUAUCGAAGCGAUGUACAACGCCUCCGGGCCAUUUUCACAUAUGUGUCAGAGAAGAUCCUGUGGGAAGAAGACUUCGAAGGCGAUGUCGACACAAGGCGUGUCGUUCAAUCCGGCCGCGGCUGUGCCAAAGAAAUUGCGGUCCUUGUUACGGAGAUGUGUGCCGCAGUUGGCAUUCAGAGUGAAGUCGUUCGGGGUUAUCUUAAGACGCCUGGCGAAAUCCCAGAGGUGUCGAUUAUGCCGAGGUCGAAUCACUGGUGGAAUGCUGUGGUUGUGGAUGGGGAAUGGAGGAUACUCGACUGCUCGCUGGCUGCACCCUCAAACCCGCGACGGGCAGCGUACUCUUCGGUGGGCAGCUCCGUCGCAGAUUCUUGGUGGUUCUUGACCCGACCCACGGAGAUAUGCUGGACUCACAUACCCGAGCACCACAGCCAGCAACACAUUGUUCCACCAGUGGCUCACGAGAUCUUGCUCAACUUGCCCUGUGCCUGCCCCCCUUUCUUCCGGAAUGGCCUUCAGAUGUUCGACUACAACUCAUCCCUUACCCGCAUCGAGGAUCUCGAAAUGGUUCACAUCAAUUUCAACGUCCCCGCCGACGUUGAGGUGGCAGCCGAGGUGGAAGUCCGGGCCUUUACGCAAGACCCGGAUGGCGACGUAUUCGAGAGCGGCGAGGUUGUCAAGAAGCGAGCAUUGGCUCAGGCCGAGUGGUUCAAUGGCGUGAAGCGGUACGCCGUCAAGGCGCUUCUUCCCGGCGACGAAGGACAGGGUAUCCUCAAGAUCUAUGCCGGCAAGAGGGGCCUGAUGCAUAGCAUCAAGGACAUUCCUCACCCGCUCGCCUUUGCCCUGCCCAUCAUCCACACGGGCGAGAACCCGCCUUACGAGUUCGUCACGCGACACCCGACGCCGCAUGCUCAAAGGCAUGACAUCUACGUCGUCCAACCACAAUGCCAGCGACUCGCUCUCAAUAACACAUUCGUCUUCGCCAUCCGCCAGCACCCAAGCUCGACAGGUGCCUCGGUCCUCACGCCGUCGUCGAACCCCGGAAAUGUUAGUCCUAUUCCUUUCGCUCGACCGAGCUCGGCUUUGAGCAUGACAGCAUCGAGCGCCAGCGGUUCCAACCCCAGCACGGCCAGUUCGGGAUACCCCGGCAACAAGAAACCGGCCAAGCUGGCUAUCCAGACUCCCGGCGGGAAGAUCCUUCGCCUCAUGAGGAAGGAUGAUAAGAAAGGCGUCGGUGUCGGCAGUGCCCGCGCGGCUGGCGAUGAGGAAGUCAGUGACGGUGGCACGUGGGAGACGAUCAUCAAGUGCUCGGAAAGGGGCACCUGGCGGGGCUUGGUCCUUGCGGACCGCACGGCGAGAUGGUGUGUCUUUGCCGAGUGGGUUUGUGCCUAA